CGCAACAGGGUGUUUCGUUUCCCACGGGCGUCGACGACGACGACGACGACGGCAGCGCGCGGCAACCACGGACGACCUGCUUCCGCGACGACGACCUCAUCAUCAUCCUCUACGCGCGACGAAGCUCGAGGGAUGCUGCCUGCGACCGGAGAACGGACCAACGAAGGCAAGAGCUACAACUCGCACGUCCUCGCCAUGAGCUCGCGCCCGCUCGCGGUCGUGCCCGAGGUCCGCGACGAAGACAUCGAUACGACGGUCGUGCCAGGCUUGCCGAUUGCCGUCCAUCGCAUCGAGCGCGACGACAAGUCCGUGGACAAGCAGCAGAAGAACAGCCACUUUGAGAAGCUCAAUACGCUCAAGCUGCUCAUGGACACGGGCCAUCUCUCGGAAGAAGAGUACAUGGAGCGGAAGACGCAAAUCAUCAACGAAAUGACGGGCACGAGUUCCCAGCGCCCGGGCGUGCAACGGAAACCCAAGUCGCUGCAGCCUAUCAUGAAGACUGUCGUGCCCCACAACCCGCCCGACUUUUCCCACCUCCUCAAGGAAAGGGCAGAGAAGCUCAGCUUUGACGCCGACACGCUCGAGUGGAACUCGUGCCAUACCAUUGUCAAGCUGGACCUCGUCCCAUUCGCAACGGGCCAGCUCCGCAACGCCUACUACCUCCAGGAUUUGGGUACAAAUGGUGACAACGACGGCAAGCUCUAUGUCGCCAAAGUCAUUAUGGGCGCGGCCGAGCCCAGUGCAUAUCUAUGCGAUGUCGAGAUGCAAGCCGUGUGCGCGUACUACGCCAAGCUCUACAACGAGCACGAACCUCCGCUCAAGGUCAAAUAUGCGAGCUCGUGGCUUCUGAAGCUGCGGGAUCGACAAGACUUGGUGUGCUCAGUUGAGGAGUACCUUCCCGGCGAGUACGUCAAGUAUAGCAACAACAACGGGUUUGUCGGUAAGGAGACAAGCACGACGGAAGAGCGCGAGCGCAACACACCGCAGGCGUUUUCGCACUUUACCUUUGUCUCGUCCGACUUUCGCCUCAUGGUCGUCGACAUCCAAGGCGUCAAUGACAGCUAUACGGACCCGCAAAUCCACACGGCGGACGGCCGCGGCUUUGGCUCGGGGAACCUCGGGACGCACGGCAUGGAAAAGUUCCUCGAGUCCCAUCGCUGCAACGAAGUCUGCCGGUGGCUCGGUCUCCGUACUCUGAACGAACAGUUCAAACCAGGUGGUACCGCCGCACCACUGUACCGCAUGCCGCUCGCCGCGAUCAAGAAGUCGACGAGCCGCAUCACGGAGGAGCGCAACUCGUUCUCGAGGUCCGUGACCGUUUCGGAGGUGCUCGGAACGACAACCGUCACGUCGGCGUCGCUGCUGACGAACGAGUCGACGCCGUUCCUGUAUGGGCGGCCUCCAGAGCCGCCGCAGACGCUUGGGUCGCUCCUCUGGAAGUGCCUGCAGUCCAUGUGCUGCUGCCUUGGCGGCGACGCAGCGUAAUUUAUCAAGACCUCCUCCAUCUCCCC